AUGUCUGGAAAGCUCGACAAGUCUCUCGAUGAGAUCCUCACCACCACUCGCCCAACCAACGGUCGUAAAUUACGUCGCGGUACCGUGCGUCGCUCUGGUCCAGCUGGAAAGGCUGCCCCUAUUGCACCAGCUGGUGGUAUCAAGAAGAACCCUCGCACUACCCGAGGUGGAGCCAAGCCUAUCCCCACUGGACCUUCUGGAAACGGUGAAGGCAAGAUUCAAGUCAGCGGAUUCCCCAAGGAUAUCACCGAGGCCAUGAUCAAGGAAUACUUCGCCAAGACCGUCGGAGCUGUCAAGAGAGUCGACCUUUCAUAUGGACCCAGAGGAGAGAGCAGAGGUGUCGCCGAUAUCACAUUCGUUCGCUCCGAUAGUGCUACUAGGGCUGUCGAGUCUUGCAACAACAUCCCCGUUGACGGCAAGCCUAUUAAGGUCUCGCUGAUCCUCGAUGCCAACCGCGCCAAGUCUAUCCCGGCACCAAAGGGCCUCAGCGAGCGUAUUACACUGCCGAAAUCCCAGCCCAAGUCAGCCGCAGCAACCAAGACCGCCGCCCCUGCUACUCGUGGAGCCAAGACCCGUGGCCGGGGAGGACGCGGUGGUGGUGCCCGAGGCACUCGCCCAGCCAAGAAGACCGCCGAGGAGCUCGACUCUGAGAUGGUUGACUAUUGGCAAACCGGUGCUACCGCUACCGAGGGUGCUGUUGCUGGAACUGCCCAAGCCGCAAACGGAGAUGCUAACAUGGAUGACGAGAUCAUGGUACGACUUACAUCUGUGCUCGCGGGAACGAUACACUAA